AGGGCAUUUGUUGAGAUGAGCACUGGGUGUUAUAUGUAAAUGAUGAAUCAUUGGGUUCUACUCUGGAAACCAAUACUACACUGUCUGUUAACUAACUUGAAUUAAAAAAAAAAAGAAAUUAAAAAGAAAAAAAGCAGCCUUCCUGCAGAAGAGUUCUGCUGCCUCUGGCCUCAGUGAAGUCACGUCCACCCUGGGGAAAACCUUUUGUUUUUCUUAAUCUCUCAUAAUGGAGAUUCACCUAAGGACAGAGAAUUGCAAAGAGCCAGUAACUUGAAACUCAUUUCUUUUGGGACUUGGGGGGCACAAAGCCAAUUCUGUUUGUUUUACAUUAAUGAAUUUGUCUUAAUUUUUUUGCCUGAAAAUAAAAAUUAAGUUUAUUUACAUGUCUGAACUCAUGACAAAUGAUUUUGAUCCCUGGGCCAGAGGUGGGAGAUUCCCAGGGAUGCUCUCUGGGCUGAGUCCUCCUUUCUCACCUGGCCUGCUCAGACCACCCAGGUGAGCCACCUCUCAGCAUCAGCAUCAUCAACGGGGUCUUUCCUAUCCUUGGCAGCUUCACCUAUCAGGGCUGGGGGAGAGCGAGAGGCAGCCACCAGUACUGAGGUCACAAGGCUUCAGGUUGGACUUGAAUUUCUUGCAUCUAGGCUAAUUGGUAUGGUGAUGCAUCCACCUAUAGAAAUUAUAAAGUGGCUCAUCCAGAAGCCCUGUGUCUGUUGCCAGUGGAAGAAAGCUCUUCUCAGUGGCUUUCAGCAGACUGCCAGCUGGGGCUCAGAAGACCAGCCUCUCCAGCUGUCUCCUGAGCCCAAUACUUCUUGGCCACCAGCAUCCUCUUGCCCUAUGGCAGCUAUCACGGAUCUCUCCUUUAUGUAUCGAUGGUUCAAGAACUGCAAUCUGGUCCGCAACCUCUCAGACAAGUAUGUCUUCAUCACAGGCUGUGACUCGGGCUUCGGGAACCUGCUGGCCAGGCAGCUGGUUGAUCGGGGCAUGCGGGUGCUGGCUGCUUGCUUCACUGAGGAAGGGGCCCAGAAGCUUCAGCAGGAUACCUCUUACCGACUGCAGACCACCCUACUGGAUGUCACCAAGACUGAGAGUAUAAAGGCAGCGGCCCAGUGGGUGAGGGACCAAGUGGGUGAGCAAGGCCUCUGGGCCCUGGUGAACAAUGCAGGUGUAGGCCUGCCCAGUGGGCCCAAUGAAUGGCUGACGAAGGAGGACUUUGUGAAGGUGAUCAAUGUGAACCUGGUGGGACUGAUCGAAGUGACCCUCCACAUGCUGCCCAUGGUCAAAAAAGCCCGGGGCAGGGUCAUCAACAUGUCCAGCUCUGGUGGUCGCGUGGCUAUCAUCGGUGGUGGCUACUGCGUCUCCAAGUUUGGCGUCGAGGCCUUCUCUGACAGCAUCAGGCGUGAGCUCCACUACUUUGGGGUGAAAGUCAGCAUCAUUGAGCCGGGGAACUAUCGAACAUCCAUCCUGGGCAAGGAAGGCAUGGUUUCCCGCAUGCGAAAGCUGUGGGAGCGGUUGCCUCAGGAGACCCGGGACAGCUACGGAGAGGACUACUUCCACAUCUAUACUGAGAAGUUAAAAAACAUGAUGCAGUUGGCAGAGCCAAGGAUCAGAGAAGUCACCGACAGCAUGGAGCACGCCAUUGUUUCCCGGAGCCCCCGUAUCCGCUACAACCCUGGCCUGGAUGCCAAACUCCUCUACGUGCCAUUGGCUAAAUUGCCCACUCCCGUGACAGAUUUCAUCCUGAGCCGGUACCUUCCCAGGCCAGCAGACAGUGUCUGAGCUGGGGAAGUCCAGGUGGUUAGUGGAGUGUGGAGGAGGGAGGGGUAUGGCAGAAGGAACUGCAGGGUCACAAGAGGUGGUGUUAGGCAAUCGGGGUUCACUUUGCUUGGCUGACACCCACUGCCAGGGAAAUAUUGGAUAACUUCUAGCAGAAGACAAGUGCCUCUUCCCACUCACUGGGGCCCCACAGAAAGCUGCAGGUGCAAAGACCUGAAGCAUGGCCCCAAGAACAUCUGUCACCCAUUAAGGAUAUGGCUUUUUCUGGACCUGGAAAUGUCAAGGGGAGGAAAACAAGCUCCUGCGGAAUCAUGAGACUCUCUCAGUUAUCACCACCACUGCGAAAUAUUGCAGGAUAAUCAAACUCAUGGAAGCAUCUCAACCACUUUCCUAUUGAUCUCUCAAUAUGCAUUAGCUUCAUUCCCACAACCCAUUAUUUGAAGUAUGUACUAGGGCAGACAGGGAGUGCAAGAUUAUAUCAGGUAAAAGUUUAUAUUUUCUCUCUAAAUAAAUUUAUCUGUUCAUCAGUGAUUGGGAUCCACAUAAAAUAACAUUCAUUUAUUUAAUCAUCAUUGGUUAAUUUUUCAAAUAUUUAUUGUAUGCCUAUAAGAUACCAGGCACUAUGUAGGUGCCGGAAGGAUGUAGAGAUGAUUAAAUCAUGGUCUUGGUUUUUUAUUGUUUGUUUUGUGGCUUUGUGUUUUAGCACAAUAUCUAGUAGCAGAGAUGGGACAACCAGUGAUAGAAGAAACAGAAACCAGAAAAUUAUUAUUUUUUUUAUAGAGAGUAUGUGAGUGUGAAUGGGGAAGAGGCAGAGAGAGAGAGAAAGAGAGAAUCACAAGAAGCUCCAUGCUCAGCACAGAGCCCAGUGCAGGGCUCUAUCCCACUACCCUGGAAUCAUGACCUGAGCCAAAAUCAAGAGUUGGAUGCUCAACCCACCACCCAGGCGCCCCCAGAAAAUCAAAUUUUUAGAACUAUGAGGAACCUGAGAGGUCAUCUAAUUCAGUAGUUCCCAAACUGUACAUUGUAAUCACCUGGUUAAUUAAAAAUACAGACUCCUGGCCUCAAUGUUAGAAAAUCUGAUUUAGUAGCUUGGGAUGGGGCCCAGAAAUCUGUGUUUGUAACAAGGUAAUGAUUCCAAUGUCUUUGGCACUUGGGAACCACAGCUGGCUCCACAGCAGUAUUGAACACUCAGAAGAAGUGACCUGCCCAAGGCCUCCCAGCAUGGUGGCCAAGACAAAACUCAGGUGUUCAGAUUCCCAAAGUAGAGUUAUAGUUUUGAAGAAUACAUUUUGACAUUAGUUACAUUGUCAAGCCAUGAAACUAAAUUAAAAAAAAAAAACACCUUGAACUUCAAAGCAUUUGUGCAGUUCUAUUGAAAAGAUUUCUUUGAUCUUGAGGCAGGGUCAUGUAAUAAAGGUCAAAUGUGAAUUUUUAAAAUUAAAAUGUCUCUUUUAAUUAAUUAUUUAUUUUUUUAAUGUUUAUUUAUUUUUGAGACAGAGACAGAGCACAGUCGGGGAGGGGCAGAGAAAGAGGGACACAGAAUCUGAAGCAGGCUCCAGGCUCUGAGCUGUCAGCACAGAACCGGAUGCAGGGCUCGAACUCACAAACGGUGAGAUCAUGGCCUGAGCCAGUCAGAUGCUUAACCGACUGAGCCACCAAGCACCCCUAAAAUUAAAAUGUCUUUAAUUUGUGCCUCUUCAACAUCUGACUGAACUUGAAAAUAACAAAAUGAAAACUUAAUUAUCUCUGCAAAGACCCCUUUUCUAGGUGCCCCUUCCUGAAGUUUUAAAUUGGCUUUUCUUUCCUUAUUCACUUAUUCAGCCUCUUAAUCAAAUUAUCUUCACAUGUUUUUGUUUUGUUUUGAUAUUUUUCUUUUUUUUAUGUUUAUUUAUUUAUUUUUGAGAGAGAGCACAAGCAGGGGAGGGACAGAGAGAGAGAGGGAGACAGAGAAUCCCAAGCAGGUUUCAUGCUGUCAGUGCAGAGCCUGAUGCAGGGCUCAAACUCACCUCGAGAUCUUGAUCUGAGCCAAAAUCAAGAGUUGGAUGCUUAACCAACUGAGCCACCCAGGUGCCCCACGUUUUGAUUGGAUUUUAAGUAGGGAAGUAAUGUGAUCUGAUUUAAAUUUUGGAAGGGGGCUCUGUGGAGACUUAAAUGAGGGGGCAGUGGUGGAAGAAACAGGACUAUUGCAUAAUCCAAGCAAGAAACAAUGGUACCGUAGGUUAAAGUGGUAGUAGAGGGGAUAAUGAGAAUGGAUAAAAUCAGUAUAUAAUUUGGAGGCGGAAUUACUGAAGGAUUCUAAUCAGUUAUUCUGUCAAAAAGAAUUUAUCGUGUUCCUACUGUGUUCCAGGCAUAGUUCUAGAUGCUGGAGUUAGAGUGGUGGACGAGACCAAGUCCUUCCUCCAAGCAGUUUAUAUUUUGAUGGGGUGGAGGAAUUGGGCAAUAGACAAAAAAUAAAAAAAUAAAAAAAAUGAAUGAGAAUU